AUGACUGAAAAGAAAGUUUCAGUCGCUAAUUUAUUAGCAAAACAACCUCAAGUAGUUAAUAAUACUCCAUUGGACAAUUUUUUUAAAACAUUUGAUAAUGAAUUCAUUUCCACAAUUAACAAUUACUCAUUAACAAACAAUAUUAAGUCUACAUCACUUUAUUCGUGUGCCAAAUGUUCAGAUAAUAAUGAAUUUGUUAAAAAGUUACUGAGUUAUUUUAAUGAAUUAUAUAAAAUUAUAAAAGAAACGAAAACUAAAAAUGACCUUUUACCUGUAUCAUUAAAUGACUUAAAAUAUAUUGAUGAUCUUAUUUCUUUAAUCGUCACCCAUGGAAUCGAUGCCAAUAUUGAUAAACCUCAUCAAAUACCAUUAAUUGACAAAAACAUGUCAUCACUGAAAAAUGGGAACGAAUCAUUGGACAGAUUUAUUGUACCUAAUUGCCAUUCAAAAAAUAAUACCACACUUAUAUAUGUUUUGAAAAAAUUAUUUGAAUUCUUCACAACAGAUACGGAGGAUGAUUAUUUAAAAUCUUCAUUACUAAAGGGACCAUUAUAUACUAAUACAUUAGUUGGAAUGGUUAGCUUAUUUCUUACAUCAAACGAUUCUCAAAUGAAUAUCAGGAUAGACAUUCUAGAAUCUGUCCAAGAUACGUAUGCUUUAUUUGAGAUAUAUAAUUUUUUACUUCGAACAAUACCUAAUAAACUGAUGAAAGAUUUUAUAUUAGAAAAACUAUCUACUUUACCCCUACGCCGCUCAAACGGUAUUAUUAGUUUAGUUGAGUUUGUUGUAGGUAUCCGAGAAGAUGAACAAAUUAAUAUUGAAAAAUUGACUCGAGUUAAUCAAAUUUUAAUGUCCAAGCCAAGAAAUUUUUCAAAUAUUAAAUAUUUAUCGGAACUUUUCAAACAAAUAAUCCAUGGAUUAAGUCUUCUUGAUAGACCUGUCUUAAUUAGUUGUUUGAAUAAUUUAUUGGUAGAGUUUUAUAAUAGAAACUCAAAAAUAGUUGAGGAUUUUUUAUUCAAGCCUAUUAAUAAUCUUCAUUUCAAUAUUUCAGAAAAAUCAAUAUCUUCAAUUGAAUUGAACAAUCAUAUUAAUGUUCUUCUAUCACUAUCUAAAAAUUCAUCUACCGAAUUUAUUACAUCUUUUAUUAAUUCAUACAAUAAAGCUCAAUUUUUCUUAAAUCUAUGGAUAUAUUGCUCAUAUUUGAAUAAGAACCAAAAUUUAUUGUUUACAAGCACGUCCAAUAACAGUGUAAAGGGAUCUGAUUAUUUUGAAGUUAUCCUUUCUUUAAUCCAAUCAUUCUUACUUAUAUCUAAUUCUUAUGAAAUUAUUGAGAACAUUAGUUUAAAUUUAGUCAAAUUGGAACAUUCAACUUGGAAAUAUUCAAUCGAUCUUGAAUCUAAAAUGGCAAAGAUUAUUAUCAAAGACAACGUAAAAGUUAUGGAGGAAUUGAAACUGGCAAAGCAAAAUGAAGAUAAUUCUAUCAUAAUGACAGAGUUUCUUAAUGAUAUUGAUUUAUCGAUUGAACUAUUUAUUAGAUUAUUAAAAUUAGUUGAUAAUGAGGAGAUCAGCAAGCAAAUCUUUUUUACUGUUAUUCGUAGAUGGGUGAAAAAUACCACUGAACAAUCCAAUGAACAUAAUGGUAUGAAUAUGAAUUUAACUGAUAAUAAUAGUGCGAUAGUGCUGAUGGAUUUAAAAUUAUUGGAACGAUUAAAUAUGGAAUAUAAAGAUACAGUUGCAAAUAAUGUUACCGAUAUGCUACAAUUGAUUGAAAAACUAUUAAGUAUCAAUGAUCAUGGGAGUUCGAUUGAAAAUAAAACUCAAAAUUUAGAUGUUGAAGAUUCAGAUGAUGAAAAUUCAGAUGAUGAAAAUCCAAAAAAUGAAGAUUUAGAGAGAAUAUCUCCAGAAUCAAAUAAAAAUUUAAAUGCAUCAGUACCUAUUUUAUUGGAAUUGCUGUCCACUAUAUUAAUUACAUCCAGCAAUUCCGAGUUAUUUAUCCAUAAAAAUAAACUACAAAGAAUUAAAGACAAAUUAAUACAGAUGAAUUAUUCUGCUGCAAAAGAACAAGCAGAUAAGAUUACUGCACUAUUGGAUCAAGAUGGUAACACUGAUGUAGUAAAUAUAUCGUUGACUAAAAUUUCACAAGAGAAAAAGGAUCAGGAAAUAUUAAAUCAAGCUAUGAUAAAUUUAAAUGACGUUUUAAUCCCAAUUAAGGCACAUGGUUUAUUAAAGUUGCGUGAAUUAGUAGAAAGACAAUCGAUGGUAGUAUCAAUCUUAAGAGUGAUCCAAUUGCAUGUCCAGGCAUUACGUAAUCAAGAUCCAUACGUGUACCUAAAUGCUAUUAAAGGGCUAUCCAGCUUGUGUGGAUUAUAUCCAGAUGCGACCAUUUCUAAAAUGGUUGAAAUAUAUGAAAAACAGAUAUUACCAGUAGAUGAUAUUCUGAAAAUUGGUGAAGUUCUCGUAAGUUAUAUCCGUAAGGAAAAUGAACUAUUCACAGGUAAAUAUGCAGAUUUGAUAAUUAGUAGCUGUCUACGUAAAGUACGUCGAAGAGAGGCCAGAAACGAAAAACAUUAUGAUAAUAGAAUUAGAAUGUCUGCCAUGUCAAUAAUGGGAGUAGCUCUUCAAAUGAAUGCUUUGGGAGUUCAAAACCAUAUUUCUCAUAUGCUUGAUUGUGCGUUUGGGAUUUUACAACUGGAAACAAGUAAAGAACCUCGAUCCAACUCUUUUAUGAUGAGACGUUCUGCGAUACAUUUGAUCCAUGACUUGAUCUACAGCACAGGCAUAUCCUUAUUUCCACCUCAGUACCCUGUUGCCAAGACAAUAACUCUUCUUGAAUAUACAACUUCUACUGACACCGACGCUCUUGUUAUUGAACAAGCAAAACAACUCCUCUCUAUCUUACAAGAACAUGUGCUUACAAUCUAG